AUGGCCAGGCACAACUUCAACACCAUCAUUAAGUUUGCAGAUGACAAAACAGUGCUAGGCCUGAUCACCGACAACGACGAGACAGCCUAUAAGGAUGAGGUCAGAGACCUGGCCGCAUGCGUAGUGUCCAGAGCAUGGAGGCACUACCAGGAGACAAGCCAGUACACCAGGAGACGUGGAGGAGGCAGUAGGAGGGCAACAACCCAGCAGCAGGACCGCUACCUCCGCCUUUGUGCAAGGAGGAGCAGGAGGAUCACUGCCAGAGCCCUGAAAAAUGACCUCCAGGAGGCCACAAAUGUGCAUGUGUCUGCUCAAAUGGUCAGAAACAGACUCCAUGAGGGUGAUAGUUGUCUGCACCUUGAAUCCACAGAAAUGAAUGUCCCCCCACAUGGAGCUCAGCCUUAUGAGAACAGCCUCUACAACUCAGAGUCUCUGAACCUGGACCUUACCUCCAGGUUAGCUAUGGAUGUGAGUAGUAAUACGGACCAGCUCUCUGCCCCUUCUCUGACUAGCAUCAACUCCCUGGUGGGCACUUACGCUGGAGAUUUUAAUGCCUGUCAGAUUGCCACAGCUCCUACCACCGCCUCGGACCCUGAGCCGCCCUUCAAAAUUGAUGACUUCCAGGUUUACGGCUGCUACCCUGGCACCUUGGCCCUGAGCUACUUCGACGAAGCCCUGUCUUCUGGUGGCUCUGACUUUUUCGGCAGCCCUGUGUCAGCCCAGUCUCCCUGUACUCCAGGUUUCCAGACCCAGCCUGCGUCAGUUUGGGACUCGCCCUUCGGUCCAUACUCUCCCAACCCGGGCAGCUGGGUGGCUGAUAAGACUGCAUUAACACAGCCAUCCUCUUUCUUCACCUUCUGUCCCGGCUCAGUUGAGGAUCUGUCUCCUCUGGGCCAGUCCCAGCUGGCUGAGCAAGACCCCUUCUCUCUGGGCCAUCAGCACCCCUCCCCUCUGUCCUUCUCCCCUCUAACCCAGGAGCCAGGCACCCUAGAUGUUUCAGGCCUCAUUGAAGAGAGAAUGUCUGCGAAACCGCACAGCCCUACUGAAAAUGAGGGUCACUGUGCUGUUUGUGGGGACAACGCCUCCUGCCAGCACUAUGGGGUUCGCACCUGUGAGGGCUGCAAAGGUUUUUUCAAGCGUACUGUACAGAAAAAAUCUAAAUACGUGUGCCUUGCCAACAAGGACUGUCCAGUUGACAAGCGGCGACGGAACCGCUGUCAAUUCUGUCGUUUCCAGAAGUGCCUGGCAGUAGGCAUGGUGAAAGAAGUUGUGAGAACAGAUAGCUUAAAAGGUCGAAGAGGUCGCCUGCCCUCCAAACCAAAAGCAGUCCAGUGCCUAUCGUCUGCUGUGUCUCGAGUCGACAUCAUUGCCUCUCUUGUGAGAGAAUACAUUGAAUCAAACUCUGGUGUUGAGAAACUGGACUACUCCAAGUACCAGGAGACUGUGGCCAGUCUGUCAGAGAAAGAGGACACUUGUGACAUCAAACAGUUCUACAACCUCCUCACGGAGUCCAUGGAAGUGAUCAGGAAGUGGGCUGAGAGCAUCCCUGGGUUCACCUCCUUCUGCUCCGAGGACCAGGAGCUGCUACUGGAGUCAGCCUUCUUAGAACUGUUCAUCUUGCGACUAGCAUACAGGUCCAACCCUGAGACGGACAAGCUGAUUUUCUGCAAUGGCAUGGUGCUUCACCGGAUGCAGUGUAUACGGGGUUUCGGUGACUGGAUAGACUCCAUCAUGGACUUCUCCCAGAGCCUCCACCGCAUGAACCUGGACGUGUCAUCCUUCUCCUGCCUCACAACUCUGGUCAUAAUCACUGACCGCCACGGCCUGAAGGAUCCAAAGCGGGUGGAGGAGUUCCAGAGCCAGCUAAUCACCUGUCUCAGAGAUCAUGUCUCCAGCUGUGCCCCCGACUCCACUGGGCCCAACUACCUGUCCCGCCUUCUGGGAAAACUGCCUGAGCUACGGACUCUCUGCACCCAGGGCCUGCAACGCAUCUUCUAUCUCAAGCUUGAGGACUUGGUCCCACCACCCCCCAUAGUUGACAGAAUGACCAUGGACAUUCUGCCUUUAUGA